AAUCAUAUUUUGACUCACUCACAGGUGUUUUUCUCCUCACACGUUUCUAAUUUCUAGGUGCUACUUACUCAAUAAAUUGAUAAAAAUGUCCACACCACCCCGCAUAAAACUCAGCCCACCCCCACCUCCAAGCAGCAGUACAACCCGGAGCAGGCGAAAGAAGAAAAAAAUCAGCGAGUGGACCCCUCUCGAAGUGGGCGACUAUCUCGCCCAGAAAUCUCACCACCCAGAAAUCGUAUCCAAAAUGACGAGAGAACAUUUGAUCGACGGACGGGCCUUGCUCCUGCUCACGGAAGCCGAUCUCAGGGAUGUCAUCGGGGUCAGGCUCCUCGGCCCCCUGAAAAACCUCACCCACGACAUCACCACGCUGAAACGCUCCGCCCCUACUACGUCCGACCUGCGUCGCCACCAUCGCCGUCGCUCCACACCAACCACCACAAGCACCUCAGACUCUUCCCUGACCUCCUCAUCCAGCCCGUCACCCUCUUCUUCCUGUGAAGAGGACAUAAAACCCGACCCCGUGGACCCACUCGUGGACUCCUUCCACCACCGCCCCCAGCUCCGCUCCACGGUCCACGCCCGAAACCUCCAACCCGAAGUAUUCAAAGCCCUGGUGGCCAUGUUUUAUUUAUUCGUCGUCACCUGGAUCACCGCUCUCGUCAUGGUCAUCGUCCACGACAGGGUUCCAGACAUGGAAAAGUAUCCUCCCUUGCCGGACCUCUUUCUCGACCACGUCCCGCACAUUCCGUGGGCCUUCGAGAUGUGCGAGGUGACAGGGACGAUCCUCUUAAUCCUCUGGUUCGGCGUGUUAUUUUUCCACAAGCACCGCUUCAUCCUCAUCCGACGGUUCUUUGCCUUGUGCGGAACCGUGUUUCUCCUCAGAUGCGUCACCAUGCUCAUUACUUCGUUGAGCGUCCCGGGGGCUCAUCUCAAGUGCAAUCCCAGGCCCUACGGGGACUGGAUGUCCCGUCUGUACAACGCUUACUUAAUCUGGAAAGGUGCAGGGAUGUCGAUCCAAGGGGUCCGAACCUGCGGGGACUACAUGUUCUCCGGACACACCGUCGCUUUGACAAUGCUCAACUUUUUCGUCACGGAAUACACCACCCGGCGGCUCUACUUUAUCCACACCUUCUCCUGGCUCCUCAACACCUUCGGCAUAUUCUUCAUCCUCGCAGCCCACGAGCACUACUCAAUCGACGUAUUUAUCGCCUUCUACAUCGCCUCCCGCCUCUUCCUUUAUUAUCACACCCUCGCCAACAACCAGGCCUUGAUGCAGAGGGACUCCAAACGGACCAAGGUCUGGUUCCCUUUAUUUUCCUAUUUCGAAUCUGGGAUCGACGGGAUCGUUCCGAACUCUUACGAAUGGCCGAUUACGCUCAAGAGGAUUAAAAAGGGGUUUAAAAUCGUUAGUUUAGCACUGGAGAAGAAGUUCGGAGGGGAGUUUUUCGUUAGUAAAUCUUCGAGUUUGGGGUUUUUUAGGACGAAGGUGAAUGCGUUCAUUGGGCCGAUCAGGGAGAGGAGUUUUGUUGGGAUGGGGAGGUUUAGUAAUAGUAAGGAGAAGAAGAAUAAGUAGUAGGGGUUUUUUAUUAAAAAAGGGGGAGAAUAAAUUGUGGUUAUCUUUGGAAAAA